AAUAAAUUCUGUAUUUUGGAUGUAACUAAAGCCUCAAAGUUUAUCAUUUCAUCAUUACAAAGUAAUUAGCAUUUUGUAUUUUGCAUUCUAUGGAGAACUAAACAGACCCUCACUGCAUGUACAUCACGUUCAUCGGUGGCAAAAUUUUAUCAAAAGAGCAAGAGGGUGACAACUCCAAUGCUAGGACGGCGCCGGGGAUCACCGGAGCUGAAGCUGAUGAGCGAGCGCGGGUCGGCGCAUCUUCCAGCUGGCGCCUGGCGUGGGGUGACUGACUGUUGCAUUGGUUGGACGAACGUGGGCAAGAAUGGCACAGAGCAGAGCAGCACCCCCCCACCGGCCCACGUCACCAUUAUCCACCUCCAUCUCCACGCGCCAUCCCCGCGCGGUCGGCGCAGACCCACACCCCCUCACCUGCCACCUUCCCUGCAGUUGCAACUGCAAUUUCUCCUGCAACUGCCAAAGGAAAUGAGCAUAUAUAUAUAUAUAUACACUGACCUGUCCCUCGUCAACACAAUGCAAGAGGAGAGAGCAUCAGCAUCGCGACUUGUUUUGUCUCCUGCAGUGAAACUGCCUGCCAACGCCAGCAACACAAGGCACACCAAGCGACGUCGUGGUCGAUGGAGCCAGCAGCAACGGACAUGGACGAGAAGCACGCGUCGUCGUCGCCAUCGCCGUCGCCGAUCCAGAGGAGCCUCUCCGCCGUCACCUACUGCUGCGGCGCGUGCGGAUACGACCUGCGCCUGCGGUCGUCGGACCGGAACACGGCGGGGAUCGUGGGCGGCGCGGCGCGGCGGCGCGGGCUGGUGGUGGCGUUCGACGCCAUCGACGACGCGCGGUUCGGCCACGCCGACGAGUUCCGCUGCGUCGACCUGCGCGCGCGCCGCCUCUUCGUGCGCCGCACCCGCCUCCUCUGCCGCAAGUGCGGCGCCGGCCUCGGGUUCGGCUACGACGACCGCGGCCAAGACGGUGGCAGGCCCCCGCGCUACGACAUCAAGAUCCGCGCGCUCCAACCCCUGGCCGACGACGACGAACACCACCACGCCGCCUCGCCGCCGUCGGAUGCGUGAGCGCGACGGUUCCCGUUCCGUGUCUGUUUCUUGACGCGUUUGCUGCUGCUGUUUUUCUUUUUUUUUUCCUCUCUGCAAAAAGAACGUCGCUGUCGCCCGCGGUCAUUCGCGCCUGCAAGUCGCUAGCUUGCAUCUCAAGAAAUGUACAAAUUGUAAUGGUGUCAUUUUUUCUUUGUGAUUUUUUUUUUUAUCAAAUUCAUCAAUCAAGAGGAAAAAAAAAUAAGGGGAAUUCGGGUA